GGUCUACGUCAUCUCUCCUCCGUCUAGCUGUGGAAAAGCUACGUGGCCAUUUCUUCUCGUACUGCUUUCUGUUGAGGUGCGACGUGAAAACAGAUCAUACAGGAUGGACCAGGUGAUGCAGUUUGUUGAGCCCAGCCGGCAGUUUGUCAAAGACUCCAUAAGGCUUGUAAAAAGAUGCACAAAACCCGACAGGAAAGAGUUUCAGAAGAUUGCUAUGGCUACAGCAAUUGGGUUUGCCAUCAUGGGUUUCAUCGGGUUCUUUGUCAAGCUCAUCCAUAUCCCCAUCAACAACAUCAUUGUCGGUGGUUGAGUCCUGAUUUAAGGAACGGCACAGACUGCGGUCGCACCGUGUUUUUGGACUGGUGUGGGGGGAAACUGAAAGGACACUUUUACGUUCUGUUCUCAACCUUUUUUAUUUUGCCAUGUAAAUAAAAUUACAAAUGGAAAGCCAA